AACUUAUUCUUCACAUCAAGAAUUUUUCUACCUUCUUUUGUAGCGCAGUCUACCAAGAACGGUCAGUUACUUGCAGGUGGUUUAAGGCAGCCUUGUCCACGGAUUUAAAGCAUUGAAUCAGGUGGCCCAUCGGUGCUGGACACUGCUCAUAGGCACUUCAUCUCACAGAUGAGGCAGUCAUAAAGCUACGAAGAUGGCCUUCAGAGGAGCUAAAACGACGUCUACAGCUGGCUUCGAGUCACGCAUGGAAGAUGUCAAACCGUCUAAAAGUGAUCUCAAUGUUUUGAUACUUGAUUAUCUUACUGCGGAAGGCUAUCCGACUGCUGCUGAGAGGUUCUCCAAGGAGGCCAAUCUGAACCCUUCAAAGCAACAAGAUUCUGUGCUUCGUCGCAACAGAAUACAGCAUGACAUCCAUCUUGGCAGUAUACAGAAUGCCAUUGAAGCAAUCAAUGAGCUCAACCCUCAGAUUCUUGACUCGGAUGUUUCGCUCCACUUUGCCUUGCUUCGUCUGGAGCUCAUUGAGCUCAUUCGUGAAAGUUCCUUGACGCCAGGCGGAAGCAUUGGUCCUGCCUUGACCUUUGCUACCACCCAGCUUGCGCCCAAGGCGCCGAACAACCCAGCCUUCCUCGAAGACCUGGAGAGGACAAUGGCGCUCUUGAUUUUCCCUCCGGAUCAACUUGAGCCCCAGCUCGCCGAAUUGCUACACCCUGACCUUCGAAAGAAAGUCGCUGACAGAGUUAACGAAGCCAUCCUGGCCAGUCAAGGCCAAAGACGUAAUGCCGCGAUACGAAACCUCGUAAAAUUGCGCUCGUGGGCCGAAGGGGCGUCCAAGGAUGCAAAGAUAACCUUUCCAGAGCAGCUUGACCUUGCCCUCGGCGGAGAUGUUCCAGGUGCGGACAGAGCCGUACGAUAAUACAUCUGAGCCUAUGACCGUGUAAUACAACUUACUAAUGAUCUGAUGAAGAGGCGUUCUGAUGGUGCAAUGGUCACAGUGGGAAACUACAUAAUGCAAAUUUAUAACAAUUGAACCUCAA